AAAGAUCUCUUUGUGGAAGCCAUUGAUGGCCGCCUUUUAAAUUCGAAAGAAGGAUCCUCUUCUUGUUCUCCUGCCUCUUCAAGUUCAAAUAUCAUCUUGUAAGGGACAUCCUGGACAACAUUCCUAACGCCCUUCUAAAGAAGGAUCCUCAUGAGUCCUGAGUUCGCAUUCACAAUCAGAUCUGAAACUGAAGUAUGAUCGAGCAAGAUCUGUAGUUAAAGGACCACCUAAAUCUGAUCUGUUUGGGGGGACCUGAAGCUGCUGUAUGUCCGCUAAUGCUCUGUGAAGAAUUUAUAGAUAAAGGCUGUCCAUCGCCACUAAGGCUAAAGCAUUUUUUUGACUCUCCGAACUCCAACAUUCUCCAUCAUAACCUCCUCUGCUAUCGAUUCCACAGGACCAAUUUGGACCCUCAUAUUCGGGUUUAAACUACGUCAGACUAAGAAGUCUUAGACACUCUUAAAAAUGGGUCUCAAGUACGUUGCCGCUUACCUCUUGGAGGUCCUCGCCGGAAAGGAGGAACCGACUGCCGCCGACCUCAAGAAGGUCAUCGAGUCUGUUGGUGACUUCGACUCUGCCUUGGCUGAAAAGCUCUGCUCUGAGAUGAAGGGUACUUGUUUAUACAUAGUGUGGUUUUAGAAAUUUUAGAAGACGAUCCAGUACUGCUACCGUUAGGAAGUUUCAUUUAGAUCAAAAGCCCGUCGGACAUCUUCUAGAAUCAGCAACUCCUGAAGGCAAAUUACCCUCCACGGGCCCUCAUCCUCACGGAUUUGGGAAUAGUUGAUUUAGACGCAGUAGAUUUCUAUUUCAGGAGAAAGGUCCAGGUCUACUUGGAUUUUGGUAUUAAUUAUGCGACUUUGGUGAUUAUCUUAUUCUAGCUUUGUUGCCAAAGCGCAUCACAACAAAUCCAUCUUUUUUCACACCACAGGCAAGUGCGUCCACGAGGUGAUCGCUGCCGGAAAGGAAAAGCUCCAGGGCUUCGGUGGUGGCGGUGGUGGUGCCGCUGCUGGCGGUGCUGCCGCUGCUGGUGGCGCCGCAGCUGCUGAGGAGAAGAAGGAAGAAGCUCCGCCAGAGGAGGAAGAAGAUGACAUGGAGUUCGAUCUCUUCGAUUAAAUCUUCAAAUAGUGACUGAGACUGACCAUCUUCAGGGAUGAUAUUCGAAGUCUAACAUCACCGCGGUCAGCGUGCCUUGAAGAAGAGAAAAAGCUUGCUUCUGGGAUUCCGUUUUCGAGAAUCGACGCUUUUCUCACAUGUACCUCGUUGCGGGAAGUCCGACACUCUAACAGAUCCGAGACAUCAGUUUCUCCGAAAAUGACGAUGCGUUUGGAGAACCGAGGAGAGGACCUGGAGACUACUGCGUGAAUAUCCAAGAGAUGACCUUUCAUGAUUGUGCCUUGGAUUUUCGAGUCUAGAGUCUCAUUUUGCACUAAAAGUUCAGACGGAAUUCUCGGACAAAAAAACGCUGAUGUUGAUCAACAGCGUCGACGUGAUGUCUUGUAUUUUUAGAGCGAAAGAGGCGGACCCUCAUGACCCAGUCUGACGACAAAAAAAAAGAAAAUGCCACACACACCAAAGAGUUGGAUGUGUGUGGUGCAAUUCAUCUGCGCGCGUGGUUUUGUUCGUAUAUGUACGUCAGUG